GGAAAACUCGCACAAGUCAAGAGGAAGAAGAUGAGUGGUACAGUGGCAAUACACAGUGUCUUCGUCUACGGCAGUCUCAUGGCGGACGACGUCGUUCGUCUCCUCCUCAACCGUAUCCCUCAAACCGCCUCCGCAACACUCCCUGAUUUCCAUAGAUUCAGUAUCAAAGGUCGUGUUUAUCCCGCGAUUCUACCAGCUAAAGCCGAUAAAGUCUCUGGCAAGGUGUUAUUUGGACUCACAGAUCAUGAACUUAAUGUUUUAGAUGAGUUUGAAGAUAUUGAGUAUGAAAGAGAGAAUGUUCAAGUUUUGUUAACAGAUAGCUCAGACGAGAAACUGCAAACGAAAACCUAUGUUUGGGCUAAGAAAGAUGAUCCUGACCUUUACGGUACAUGGGAUUUCGAGGAAUGGAAGCAACUUCACAUGGAAGGUUUCUUGAAGAUGACUAAAGAAUUUGCUGAAGAGUUGAAUGUACCGGAAUCUGAGAUAUGACUCGCUGCCACAUUCGGGUCAGUAGAUGAAAUCUGGUAUAGUUUCCUCAGUGGAAGAACACUAGAAUUGGUCAAUAUAUUCUUGGUAUUCUCUCUAGGAAGGGUUAGAUUCUUCUUUAUGAAUACACAUACAUGAGGGGCAUUUGGGUUCUGUGGUAUUACUUCAAUUAAACAAGGAAUAAGAAAACAGCUGCAGGUUCUUGUGAUGUAUGUUAUAAUACAAUACACAUAUAGUC